GAGAAGAAACUAUUCAAAGGGUCCGUCUACGAUUCCAAGCAUGGCCGACAAAGUUCCGGCAAAGGGGAAGCAGGGAAGAAGCAGAGAAACGUGCGACGUCGCCAUGCCACCGCCGGCAAAGAAACCGUGCGCCCCUGCAAAUGGGAACAACAUGAACCCCUCGAUGACUUCAUCUCAACCAGCAAAUGUGGAACGCUCUCGGGAAAUUCCACAAACCGGCAGACUUACCUCAGCAAAUGAGGCUUCUCAACAACAAAAUGUCCCACCACAUCCAAAUGGAUACAGACAAGGUGCCAACUCAUACAUCGAGUUUUUAGAUCAAGUCUACGAAAUAGCAAAUGUGCUCGCAACUGUCUUCCCGCCAAGAACAGAUCAGCAAAACGGCCAGGCUUUGCCACAAACCGAGGCACCGGCGGAUCCUGUCGGAGGAGGAUAUGCUCCGGAGCACCUUCCUCCUCACCAAGGUGUUCCAGGAUGGUUUGUUCCAAUGCAAGGAUGGACAGCUCCGAUUCGUCCACCCUUCCUUCAAUUCUGCCCAGCUCCUGGCUUCGCACCGACGCCGUGGUUUCCUGCCCCGUACGGCGGACCUCAUCCAGGGUGGUUUGCUCCACAAUACGGAUGGUAUGGCCCACCGCGAGGAUUCCCCUAUCCACCGCCGCCACCUCCAAUGUACCAUCAUCCCAUGUUCAUGGCAAAUUAUAACCCGCCGCAGCAUGGUGCCGUCAACCCAACGCCAUCCAAUGGAGAGGCUCAGAACACGGAUCAUUAGAAGAAAUCCACAAGAUAUAAAUCUCGAAGCAAUUCUGAAAUUCUCAUUAUGUCCCCCCAUCUUAUUUACAACCACAAUUUUUUCUUCUAUUUUACAUCAAUCUUGUGAACUUUCCAAAAUUCUCAUCCUUUCCAACUUUCUCUGCUACUUUCCUUCAUCAUCGAACCAAAGACAAUUCAAAAUUUUCAAUCUACCUUUCCACAUGAUUCCCUCCAUACUUCUUUAAAAUUUUUUUUCAUUUACUCCUAUUCAUUUUGCAAGUAUUUUAUCACUAAUUGUGUCCUCGAGUGCACGUUGUCUUGAAAAUUUGAAUAUUCAAAUUCAAACCAUCUCAUUUUGAAAUAAAAGUAUGAAAUGAAAA